AUGGAGCCCGCAAUCGCCGUCACCGCCAGGUGUGAGAUCCGGGCAGUGAUCCGUUUUCUCAACGCCAAGAAGUUACCGCCUAUUGAAAUUCAUCGGCAGUUAACAGAAAUUUAUGGGGAAGCUUGCAUCAGUGUGCAACACGUCCGUAAAUGGUGCAGGGAGUUUUCCGGAGGACGAACAGACAUUCACGACGAGCCAAGAAGUGGAAGGCCAUCGGUGUCCGACGACGUCGUGGCAAAAAUCGAGCGUCUUCUCCAGGAGAAUCGGCGAGCAACGCUUCAGGAACUGGCUGAAAAAGUGCCUGAGGUUUCAGAGAAAACAAUCGACAACAUUUUGACUGAAAAACUCGGUUAUCGCAAGGUGUGUGCGCGGUGGGUACCGCAUAUGCUCUCAGAAACCCACAAAGAGAACCGCGUCAAGUGUGCUCGGGAGUUUCUUCAGCAAUGUGCCGAGAAUACCGAAGAAUUUUUGGACUCUAUUGUAACGGGAAAUUAA